AUGUUUAACCACGAGACCAUCCCCGUCGAAGCGACUCGACCUCCACCCUCCCCGCCCAAUCUCGCGCAUCUUCGCUCAUACUCUUCUCCAUCCCACUUCAAUACCUCUGACUUUUACACCACCCAGGCGCCUUCUUACUUUGAUCUCGACGCUUGUCACACUACCCAGCCUUCUAGCCUCACCCGUGCCAGCUCUUCCAAAAUACAUCGGCACACCCCGUCUCCUGUCCCCUCCCCCGGCUCCACUACCUCGUCUCUGUCGCCUACCAGCACUACCGGCUCCUCUAUCCAUGCCUCUUCCACCCAAAGUCUCCUGAUCUCACGGAACACGCGGCAAGGUGACGCUGAAGCCAAUCGGGAUGAGGUCAAGGACAUGGUCGGCGAGGACGAGAUGCGGGCUCCUUCGAACAGGAAGGUCGAUGUGUGGAGUCUUUGGGUUGCUUGCGCUAUCCAGAUCUUGCUGAGUAUCAUCAUGGUCGUCUUCUACACAUUUCCCCCGGGUACAAAGAUCCGGAUGUGGCUCCUGUUCUCCGACGCUGUCAUCUCUAUCAUCGCAAUGAUAUUCGGCCUCAUCACUCUCGACUUGAGGCGCGUUUGGAAGAGCAAGAAAGUCAGGCCUCUCGAUGCUUUCCUUUUCUUUGCUGUCGUCUGCAAUGCUCUUACAUUAUCUUUCAUGCUGGCGAGUCGCUCCUGCGUCCUAUAA